GUUCGCGAUAAGUGUUUACCAUCUGCGAAUAUCCAUUUCAAAAUAGCACUUUUUGUGAAAAGUAGUUCCAGUAGUAAGAGAAAUGUCUUCGCAACAGGAAAGGGCUGAGCCUGACCCCAGGGCUAGGCAGGGCCAGACAGUGGUCCCUAGAGGAACUGGUGGCAAAACUAUUGAAGCCCAGGAACACUUUGCUGAAGGGAGGAGCAAAGGCGGGCAGACAAGGAAGGAACAGAUAGGGCAUGAAGGGUACCAGGAGAUGGGUCGCAAGGGCGGGCUUAGCACAUCCGACGAGCUAGGAGGAGAACUUGCGGCUCGGGAGGGAAUUCCCAUUGCUGAGUCUAAAUACAAAACCAGAUCAAGCUCAACAUGAUCAGUUCUACAGAGCUAGAAGCUACAAGAUGAUAUUUGUAUGACAAACUACAGUAAACCCCCCAACUUAUAGGGUCAUUUAUGAGUCCAUACCCGAUUUUAGGGACAUUUAUGAAUACAUACACAACGUCGCAAAAAAUUACAGAUC